ACAAAGUUGGUCACAAAUCACAUUGGAUUUGCCCUGAAGUUGUUUUGGGUUUUUUUCUUCUUCUUUUUUCCCCUCACCUUCUUUAGCAUGCGACCAUGGGGAAAGUGACUACUGUUGUCAGCAGGGGAAGUCGGGGUGGUCUGGUGCGGAGGGAACUGCUGUAACUUCUACGUGACCAUGGUACCUGUUGAAAACACAGAGGGCCCCAGUCUGCUAAACCCGAAGGGGAUACCAGCGGAUCCCCUUGAUGGCAGCGACAGAGCCAGCGGCAGCCGGCAUCCUCCGUGGGCCAGAGGUUGCGGCAUGUUUACUCUCCUGUCAUCUGUCACGGCUGCUGUCAGUGGCCUUCUGGUGGGUUAUGAACUUGGGAUCAUCUCCGGGGCUCUUCUUCAGAUAAGAACCUUAUUAGCCCUGACCUGCCAUGAGCAGGAAAUGGUUGUGAGCUCUCUGCUCAUUGGGGCCUUACUUGCCUCUCUCACUGGAGGGAUCCUAAUUGACAGGUAUGGAAGAAGGGCUGCAAUCAUCUUGUCGUCCUGCCUCCUUGGACUCGGAAGCCUGGUCUUGAUACUCGGCUUAUCCUACACAGUUUUUAUAGUGGGACGCAUUGCUAUAGGGGUUUCCAUUUCGCUCUCUUCAAUCGCCACUUGUGUUUAUAUCGCAGAGAUCGCCCCACAACACAGAAGAGGUCUUCUCGUGUCACUGAAUGAGCUGAUGAUUGUCAUUGGCAUUCUUUUUGCCUACAUUUCAAAUUACGCAUUUGCUACUGUUUCCCAUGGCUGGAAGUACAUGUUUGGCCUUGUUAUUCCCUUGGGAGUUUUGCAAGCAAUUGCAAUGUACUUUCUUCCUCCAAGUCCCCGGUUUUUGGUGAUGAAAGGACAGGAAGAAACUGCUAGCAAGGUUCUCGGAAGGUUGAGAGCCGUCUCAGAUACAACAGAUGAACUCACUGUGAUAAAAUCUUCCUUGAAAGAUGAAUAUCAGUAUAGUUUCUGGGAUUUGUUUCGUUCGAAGGACAACAUGAGGACCAGAAUAAUGAUAGGCCUAACGUUGGUAUUUUUUGUACAAAUCACUGGCCAGCCAAAUAUAUUAUUCUAUGCAUCAACUGUUUUGAAAUCUGUUGGCUUCCAAAGCAACGAGGCAGCUAGCCUCGCCUCCACGGGGGUUGGCGUCGUCAAAGUCAUCAGCACGAUUCCAGCCACUCUUCUCGUGGACCAUGUCGGGAGCAAAACCUUCCUCUGUGUCGGCUCCUCUGUGAUGGCAGCCUCGUUAUUGACCAUGGGCAUUGUGAAUCUCAACAUCCGUGUGAAUGUCACGAAUAUCUGCAGAAGCCAUAGUCCUAUUAACCAGUCCUUGGAUGAGUCUGUGUUUUAUGGGCCAAGAAACCUGUCAGCCAGCAAUGACACUCUUAUAAAGCCCUUUAAAGGGAUCACUUCCCACAGCAGAAGCCCACUCAUGCCCACAAGAAAUGACAUAGAUAAGAGAGGGGAGAUAACGUCGGCAUCCUCACCAAAUGCUGGACUAACCCAAACUGAAUACCAGAUAGUCACGGACCCUGCAGAAGUCCCACCUUUUUUGAAGUGGCUAUCUUUAACCAGCUUGCUUGUUUAUGUUGCUGCUUUUUCAGUUGGUCUAGGACCGAUGCCCUGGCUGGUGCUCAGCGAGAUCUUCCCCGGCGGAAUCAGAGGACGAGCUAUGGCUUUAACUUCGAGCAUGAACUGGGGCAUCAACCUCCUCAUAUCUCUGACGUUUUUGACUGUGACAGAUCUCAUUGGCCUGCCAUGGGUGUGCUUUAUAUAUACAAUCAUGAGUCUCGCUGCUCUGGUGUUUGUUGUUGUGUUUAUACCUGAGACAAAGGGAUGCUCUUUGGAACAAAUAUCAAAGGAGCUGGCAAAAGCGAACUAUGUGAAAAACAACAUUUGUUUUAUGAGUCAUCACCAAGAAGAAUUAGUGCCAAAACAGCUUCAAAAAAGAAAACCCCAAGAGCAGCUCUUGGAGUGUAAAAAGCUGUGUGGUAGAGGACAACCAAGGCAGCUUUCUGCAGAGACCUAAUGGCCUCAACAUCUUACAAAUGUCGAUACAGUAUAAAAACACUUAGUAGGGUGUCUUCAUACCAAUACAUAUUGGCCACUCCCAUGUCUUGUCUUUAGUAUUAUGGAGCUAGUUUUAGAGGGACACCCCAUAAAGAUUACUUUUAAUCUCCACUCACAAAAAAUAAAUGAGGUGCCUCAAGUGACCUCAUUUUUACUCUGAACAGGAUA